AAAUUGCUGGGAAAGCGCGGGUGCUGGCUUCGUUCCUGCUGUUUUACGUUAAGUCUCCUUCCCGUUGAUUUUUCCUGAUUUCUCUCCCCGGGAAAUACGUUCCGGAGCCUGGAGGACCGAGUCCCAAGUCAGCGGACAUUAGCGCGAUACCCGAAGGCGAUCGUGGAAUCCCGGGCCGGUGUUGUCAAACAAAAUGUCGAUGGAAGGUGAGCCAAGUGGCCUUAUCAGAAUCACCCAGCUUUUUCUCCUUUCUACAGCCUGGGGAAUGCAGAUAUGGGUAACCUUCAUCUCAGGGUUUGUUCUUUUCCGAACUGUGAGCCGGCACACCUUUGGCCUGGUACAGGGCAAAUUGUUUCCCUUCUAUUUCUACACCUUACUUGGCUGCACGUUCCUUAAUCUUGCCAUAUUUGCUGCAUACCAUCCACGGGAACUCCUCAGCACCAGAGAAACUGUUCAGAUCACACUCUUUUUAAUUUGCUUCAUCUUGGUUGCCACUAAUGCCUCCUGGUUCUCCCAAGUCAUCACCAAGACCAUGCUUAAGAUGCAAGAGAUUGAAAAGGAGCAUGGGCUCGGACAGGAAGUGGGGGGUUCAGGUCAGCGAGAGGUUUACCAACUUCUGAAGGAGAAGGAUAACAAAUACCGGCACCUGCGCCAGAAGUUCUUCAGAUUUCAUGGUUUGUCUUCUCUCUGCAAUCUGGCUUGUGUUAUCUGCACCGGGGCGAACUUGGCAUUCAUUGCCUUGCAACUGGAGAGCCUGUAGACUCUCCACUGCUCCUGCUGGUUCUCAUGCGUUCUCCUAAAAUUCUGGUUUUGCUCUAAGGAGGAGCUUGGAAAUGACCAGAAAUCAAUCCUUUGGAGUGUGUCCCAUUCCUCUAGAAACAACCAGAUACAGAAUGCUCUCCUGAAGUAUAAAUUGGAUUGUCCAGUAACUGAAGGGAUAUUUAAACCUAGAGCAAAUUAUCUGCAUAAAUUAAUGCCGUUUCUGUUUUAAAAUCUUGAUGUAAUAUUAGUUUGUGUUGUGCUAAAUUAGGAAGUUUUUGUAACGUUUUAUGAUUUGUCAGUAGGCUCCCUAUUGUUAAUGAUAAUCUAAUACCAUUUAAUAUCAAUUGUAUACCCAGGGAACAAGACCUUAAUGGGCUCGUUUUUAGCAAUAAGGUACAGGAUUCUGCUAUCUUAAAAGAAAAUUUAAAUAUAGAAUGCCUUCUUAUAUACAAAUUUUUAUUUAUCUCUUGGAAUUCUGCUUUUGGAAUAAAGAAUGUUAAUAGCCCUCUC